AUGGCGUCCAUAUUUCAAGCUGUUCUCCUUGCUGUCUCCUCGUGUAAUCUUUGUAGUGCCUCAAACAGGUCCCAGAUCUUCCGUGAUAUCAUUAAUGUGAUGGAUCCCGAUGUAGCUCCUUUCGAAUCCACCAAAUCCAGUAUCACUGUAGGAGUGGAUAUUGCACUGUUGGGAAUUUUCGAAGUCAAUGAAAAACAAAAAAUUAUGUCCGGGUCAUAUGCAAUGUUUGUGUCAUGGAAAGACGAUCGUAUGAUGUGGGAUCCAAGUUCUUACCAGAAUAUUAGCUCUGUUCAAGUAAAAGCCAAGAAGAUUUGGAUGCCAACUUCUCUUUGUAUCCUUAAUGAAAUAGGAAACGAAAAUUGUAUUAGCGAUGAUAAAGGCAUUGUUACUGUCUAUUCAGGUGGAUAUGUUACCAAUAAACUAUUUAAGGAAAACACUGUCCGAUGUGGUAUAGAUGUAACGAAAUACCCAUUUGAUUCGCAGACUUGUUCUCUACAGUUUAUCAACAUAAAUGUAGGAACCGAAUAUCUUACAUUUGAGGAAGAAUAUUCCCACUUUUAUCUCCAAAAUUACGAAAAAAACGAAGUGUGGGACAUUGUCGCUACCACAAAAAGCAUCUUAGAGAUUGGAAGUCCCACUGGUAUACAAGAAGUAUUGACGUUCAGAAUGGUUUUACAGAGAAAAUCUUUUUAUGCAGUCACAUCCACCUUGUUACCUGUAAAUAUUUUAUCAGUGAUCAAUCUGUUUUGUUUUUUGUUACCAAUUGAAUCCGGAGAGAAGAUGAGUUUCUGCAUGGCUAUCUUUCUAACUUUUGCAGUGUUUUUGACGAUCAUCAACGACUCGAUGCCGCAAUCAUCAGAUAAAGUACCAUAUUUCACAAUAUAUUUAAUAACACAACUCGUUGUCAGUGGUUUAACCGUUGUACUAGAAGCCACCGUGCUGCUUGUUCAUUUUCAUUCUAAAACAACAACAGAAAGCUCUCAAAGAAACGUACAGCCUACUGAUAAAAUGAAGAAAUUCAAAGUAACUAGCGUACUAUUAGAUAAGACUUUCUUCCUGUUCAUUUGUGCCAUUGAUACAUUUUCUGUGCUUUACUAUACUAUGAAUGUGUGUUAA